UAACACUAAAAAGAACUAGGUUUUGUCCGGACUUGCUCUUACACACCUCCGUCAUGAACGAAUCCAACAGCAGCUAGCUCUGUUUACCUUUUGUUCAAACUCUGCAGGUUAUUAUUGAUUCCCUUGCAUUCAGCCUGUACCAAUGGCAGAAAGCACACAGUCUUUUCCUUCUCACUCUGGACAAGAGCAACAUGCUAUCUGUUCAAAUGUUACUACAGUACUGGAUACUAACACGCUUGCACCAAAGGACAGGAGUACGUCUCUAGUCCAUUCAGAGCAAAUCAGGCACCAAGAUUCAGAUGACAGAAAACUGCAAGAAUGUACAACCUCAACACUAACCCAGAUUGCAACUGAAAGGAGUGAAGACCAGCUAUUACUACAGAUAACACCAAAGCAGAUUCUUCAAAAUCUCUGCACUAAAAGAGAUAAAAUAGAAGCGCACAUACAAUCUUUGAAGAACAGGAAUACUGUUCUUACAAACUCAGCAGAAAACCUCAAACAACAGAUUUCCAAACAAUAUGAAACGAUAAGAAAAAUCUUGAACAGUGAUGAGAAAGUUUCGCUGGAACUCAUUGACAUUGAAAAAAGGGUUGCUUUGGGAAAACUCCAAAAGAUCAUCAAAGAGUGGACUAACAACUUAGAUCAAAUAAACAAAUCCAUCAAAGCAACGCAGAAAGUCCUGAACCAAGAAGAAAGCAAAGUUCAUUCAAAUCAACCUCAAGAAGAAAGCAAAUUGCAAUCAAGUCAAGCUACAGAUAUCAAACUUAGUGACUAUAGUUAUACAAAGAAAACGGAGAAUGAAUUCCAAGCCAUUAAAAUUGAUGAAAUUAGAUUUCAAAAAUUAUCAAAGCUCAUACGGAACAUUUCAACCAACGUACAUUCGCAACUGCAAAGGAAGACAUUUUUAUUAGAAUACUCACCAGUAUUCCUUGACACUGCAUCAGCGCAUAAAAAUGUGCUAGUUUCAAAGGACCUAACCUGCAUGUCUGUAACUACAGAGUCACUAAAUGUUCCUGAGAGCCCUCUGCGAUUUGAUAAAGUCUGUAAUAUCUUAGCUGCCAAAGGUCUGAUGAGAGGAAAACAUUACUGGGAGGUGGACGUCAAGUCUUCUGCACAAUGGUGUGUUGGAAUUGCGUAUGGAUCCAUCGAUCGGAAAGGGAAGCACAAGUCCACAAAGUUGGGAAGAAACCGACAGUCGUGGUGCAUUGAACUAAAGGCUAACCAACUUUUAGCUUGGCAUAAUGAUAGAAAUGUCAACUGUAAUAUGAAGCCCUAUAAGUUGGAAAAGGUGGGAGUGUACAUUGACUAUGAGAAAGGACUUGCUGCAUUUUACAAUGCGAACAGCAUGAAGUUGAUUCAAGAAUUCUCCAACAUCACAUCAAGUCUUUUUGACAGAAUGCACCAUCAUUUUACUGAGCCAAUCUAUCCUGCUUUUCAUCUUUUUCCAUUUGUUGCUGGUCCUACCUGCUCUGAUAAGUUGGAGAUAUGCAAACUAGAAAUUUAAAAAGCAGGUAUGGCCAGGUAUAUUACUGCUCCAACAAAGUGUACAAUACUGUAAUGUUUGUAGUAACCCCUGCUAAAUGGAGCCAAGUCUGAUUAAGUAUGAAACUAUACCGAAUGUUUUAGCUGCAAAUUUAUUCACAGAAUGCAGCAAUACAGAUUUCUGCCUCCUACUUACCAAUUUAACCAGUGUUCCAUAGACUCUUUUCAUAUACCCGUAAAAACAAGUGAUCAAUCAAUACCUUCCCUUUGUUGAAUGAACACUUUUUGAAAAAAGUCAGUUCCCGUUACAUCAUUAUUUUGCUUUUUGAUAGCUAUAAUUUAAUAAAUAUUCAGUGAAAUUUCUGUAAAUUGCAAUCCUUUGACUUAUUUGCUGCAAGCAUCUUAUUGUAUAGGUUUUAAGGUCACAUGAAAUUGGGGCUUAUUUAUUUUAAUAUUGCAUCAAUUCUUUACGAUUAAUGCUUGAAAAGAUCUCAAAUACAUAUCAAAAACAAAUAUUUUGUUUUAAAGCUUGUUCAAAGCAUAAAUAAAUUUGAUGUUUAAACGGCCAGAGUUUAAAACAUGUGUUUUUCUUGUUUUAGCCUCUCCUCAUGUUUGAUGGUUCUAAAGAUCCCUUGGCUUCACCCGAGGCACUCCUUUUUUUCAUGUCCACCUAGACAUGGACGGAGUUUAGUAACUUUGUGACUUCUAGCUUCAGGUUAACUUCAUAGUCUUACUUUGGAAUUCAGUGCCUUACUUAGCUUGGCUUUAAUUUUAAUGUUCUCUGAAUUUUGCUCAAUUUCUUUCAUUUGCCAAUAUUUAUUAAACAAGAAAAAUAAAGCCGAAUGAGUUCUCUCAUCGAGAAACACUAAUGCAACUUGCAAACCUAAACAAAUACACUUGAUAUAAUCCAGAGCUGUUAACAGACAUUAUGUAAAAACAAUUGCUGCCCUAGUUAAAAUGUGUUUGUUAAAUUCUGCUGCACGAUUUUGUGUCUCUAAUAAACUCAGUAUGAUGUAUUGAUAAA